CCUAAUUUUCGUGGUUUCUUAGACAGGAAGACAACAUUAACUGAAACAAGAGCUUGAUCGUCUCUCUGUUUCUCGGGCUUAGUUAUGUCUUUCUUCCAGGGUUUCUGGGACUUCCUUUUUCUCGAUCGUCUCGGGCCACUGUCUCGUGGAUUCAUAGAGUCCUUCACGACAACAUGCGACUCGGGUGAGUCAGACACGUGCCGAGAUGACGCCGCCGCGUUCACACUCAAACUCGCCGCCAUGGCCGCCAUAUUCUUCGCCGGAGCAGCUGGCGUCUCAAUACCCAUCAUCGGAACCCUAACCCGUCGGCUCCUCCCCUCUGACGGCGGCGUUCUCCGAGCUGCAAAGGCCUUCGCCGCCGGAGUCAUCCUCGCCACCGGCUUCGUCCACAUGCUCUCCGGCGGUUCCGACGCCUUGAAUGAUCCGUGUUUGCCUGAGUUUCCGUGGUCGCGUUUCCCGUUUCCGGGCUUCUUCGCCAUGGUCGCAGCACUUCUCACGCUACUCGCCGACUUCUUGAUCACUGGUUACUACGAGAGGAAGCAGGAGAAGAUGAUGGGCGACUCGGUCGAGUCACUCGGCCGGGUUUCAGUUCUGUCGGAUCCGGGUCGGGGAACCGGGUCGAGUCUUAUUGGGUCGGGUUUUCUGGGGGAGGAGGAGCAUUUGCACAUUGUUGGGAUGAGAGCUCAUGCGCAUCACCGUCAUAGUCUCUCCAUAGGCUCCGACGGAUUACUGUCGAAGAUUACUGUCGGAGAUGGAAUCUCCGGAGGCGGAGGAGGACAUGAUCAUGGACAUAGUCAUGGUCAUGGACAUGGGCAUGGGGACGAAGCGGGAUUGGACAGUGGUGUGAGGCACGUUGUUGUUUCACAGAUAUUAGAGAUGGGGAUAGUGUCACACUCCAUAAUCAUCGGAAUAUCACUAGGAGUGUCACACAGUCCUUGCACCAUACGCCCUCUCAUCGCCGCCCUCUCCUUCCACCAAUUUUUUGAAGGGUUUGCCCUCGGCGGCUGCUUGGCCGAGGCGAGAUUGGCCCUGAGGGCGACUGCCCUAAUGGCGUGUUUCUUUGCCGUUACCGCGCCUCUAGGGAUUGCGGUGGGAACGGCUGUGUCCUCCUCCUACGAUCCCCACAGUGCGGCGGCUCUGGCGACGGAGGGAAUCUUGGACUCCAUCUCCGCCGGGAUCUUGAUCUACAUGGCCCUCGUGGAUCUGAUCGCGGCGGAUUUCUUGAACAAGAGGAUAAGUCUUGAUUUCAGUGUUCAACUUGUCUCCUAUUGUUUUCUGUUCCUUGGUGCUGGUUUGAUGUCUAGUCUUGCCAUUUGGGCUUGAGUUUUUAUGGAUUUUUUUUUUGUAUUAUUUUGGGUCUAAUUGGAGAGAGACUUUGAAUUGUCAUGGUUAUCUUUAUUUUCAAUUUGAAUUGAGUUAAUUUGAUUUUAGAAAACU